AUGAUUUCUCCAGCUCUCAUCUUGUUCUCGAGCUUUCUCUGCCAUUUGGCUUUUGCGGGACGGACCUGUCCCAGGCCAGAUGAUUUACCAUUUGCCACGGUUACUCCCUUAAAAACAUCCUAUGAGCCGGGGGAGCAGAUAGUGUACGUCUGCAAGCCAGGCUAUGUGUCCCGGGGAGACAUGAGGAGGUUCACCUGCCCCUUCAGUGGAGUCUGGCCCGUCAACACGCUGAAAUGCACACCCAGAGUGUGUCCUUUUGCUGGAAUCUUGGAGAACGGAGCUGUGCGCUAUGUAUCUUUUACGUAUCCCAACACAAUCACUUUUUCCUGUAACAGCGGGUUUUAUCUGAAUGGAACUAAAUCUGCUCAAUGCACCGAGGAGGGAAAAUGGAGUCCCGAUCUUCCUGUCUGUGCCCCUGUCACCUGCCCUCCACCGCCCACACCUAAGUUUGCGGUGCUUGAUGCUUAUGAGCCACUGGCUGGAAACAGCUCCGUCUAUGGGAAGCAGGCGGUCUUUAAAUGCCUGCCGCCCUAUGUCAUGUUUGGAAACGACACCGUUACCUGCACGGCACAUGGGAACUGGACCGAAUUACCUGAAUGCAGGGAAGUGAAAUGCCCAUUCCCAGUAAGACCAGACAAUGGGUUUGUGAACUACCCCGCAAAAACAGCACUCCAUUACAAGGAUAAGGCCACCUACGGUUGCCACGACACGUACGUCCUGGAUGGCCCAGAAGAAGUAGAAUGUAACCAAUUUGGAAACUGGUCUGCGCAGCCAAGUUGCAAAGCAUCUUGUACAAUAUCUGUGAAAAAAGCCACUGUGAUAUUCGAAGGAGAGAGAGUGAAGAUCCAGGAGAAAUUUAAGAAUGGAAUGCUACAUGGUCAGAAAGUUUCUUUCUUCUGCAAAAAUAAAGAAAAGAAAUGUAGCUACACAGAGGAUGCUCAGUGCCUAGACGGCACCUUUGAAAUCCCCACGUGCUUCAAGGAACACAGCUCUUUGGCCUUCUGGAAAACUGAUGCGUGGGACAUGAAGCCAUGCUAAACUGGUUUUCAGAUUCAAAAUU